CAACUGAGAGAGGUUGGUUAAAUUGUUUAAAAAGAUAAAUUUACACACAUUUUUUUUGUCGUAAAUAUUGUCGUAAUUAUUUCAAAGUCACCAUUUCCGGCAUUCAAAAUGGCGGCGUUCAAGACUGGCGGACCACAUGUUAUAGCCCAUGGGUGAUUUUAACUUCAAGAGAGGAAGUGUGUGCAUCCGACAUACAGCAAAUGCAGCUUGUCUUCAGUAUCCAGAAAGAGUAACUACUACAAAAUUACGAAAGUACCUGGCUACAGUCUCACAGAUUUUCAAUCUGUCCACAGCAGAGUUGUCUGAAUUAGCAAGGCAUAUGGGUCACGAGCUUUCGGUACAUAAAAUUUUUUAUAGACUACAGGAUGAUGUGAUAGAACUUGCAAAGAUAAGUCGAUUAUUGAUCGCAGUGGAGGAGGGAAAAGCUGCUAGUUUUGCUGGUUGUACAUUAGAUGACAUAAAUAUUGCAGACAUUCCUGAGGAGGAUGCUAUUGAUGAACCAGAUGAGGAUGAUGAAACAGAUGAUGACAAUAUGCUGUCCAGUUAUGAUGUUGAUGAAACUGUCUGUGAUACUCCAAGUUCUGCAUUAAACAGAGAUCCGGAUCAGCUUAUCGGAAAGACUAACAGAACUGAAGAGGCGGAAAACAACCAAACUGAAGAGGCAGAAAACAAUAGAGUUGAAGAGGCGGAAAACAACAGAGGUGAAGAGGCGGAAAACAAUAGAGGUGAAGAGGUGGAAAAGAGCAGAACUGAAGAGGCGAGACGGACAAAAUGUCAACGGAAGACCUGGACUGGAGAGGAAAAAAAUGCCUUAACAGAACUGGUAACCAAAUUAUAUGCUGACAGGAAGCCUCCCAGGAAAAGUGAGAUUUUGAAGUGUCAAAUACAGCAUCCAGUUCUAAAAAACCUGAACUGGUUAAAUAUUAAAUAUCAAGUCUGGGCACUUGCCCAAAAAAAAAGUUCUGCAGAGAAGAAAGUGAUUCAGGAACUUUUUCCUUGACUGUGCUGGUGCUAUAUAAUACCAUGUAGUCCAAAUCAUAUGCUGACAGGUUGCCUCCUAGGAAAAGUGAAAUUUUUGAAGUGUCAUAUCAAGAAAAAAUAUUCUGCUGAGAAGAAAGUGGUUCAGGAACUUUUUCCUUGACUGUGCUGGUGCUAUAAUAUACCAUGUAGUCCAAAUCAUAUGCUGACAGGUUGCCUCCUAGGAAAAGUGAAAUUUUUGAAGUGUCAUAUCAAGAAAAAAUAUUCUGCUGAGAAGAAAGUGGUUCAGGAAUUUUAUCAUUGACUGUGCUCAGUGCUAUAACAUUUGAACAUGUCUAAAAUAUGGCAAAAUUGACUUUUAUUGAUUUCAGUAAUGUUCAGUGUUUUGAACCAAAAAAAAAAAUGUUUCAAAAACAUUUUGGUAAAAACAAUAUGUCUGUUUUUCAGUUGCCAUUAAAUAAAAAUUCUUAAUUGAUUAGGUCAUGUAAAGGUAGAUAAGGCUUAUGUGAACCUUGUCCUUUCCUGCAUAAUAGAUUAAUUUGAUUGCUACAGUAUUAUAUUGAUAAAUCUGAAUUUUUUGUUUAUAUUUUGCCAUUUGAAUGACUUCUGCUAAUUUUAAUUGCAAAAAAAGGCUGUCUCCCAAAAUUUUGUAGCAUUGGUUUUUAUCAGGAAAGUAGUUUUCUUUUCAUGCUUAUCUGUCACAAAUUUUGGACAUUGGAAAGUUUGUUCCUUAAAACUGAGGUUUUAUGUAUCCUCAAAAACAGUUUGUUUUAUGGACACCCAAUUUUUGUUGUUGGGUCAUGCUUGUCAAAAUUCUUUUAAUUUGAGAUAUUUGAAAAAAAAAAGAUUCAUGUGAGAUGAUCAAAGUAAGACAUUGGAAAGGGGUCAUUUCAACCAUUUUUUUCUACGUAUAUAACUGCUUUGGAACCAAAAAAGGUGUUACUUUUUUCAUAUUUGAAUUUUCACUAUAUCAGGGUUCACCUUAAAUUUUUCUGUAUUAUGGAAAUGUCUUUAUUUAUAGCCAGCCUGAGCAAUGAAACAUGUUUCAGAUGUGAAACGAUGUAUGGUAUUGCAGUUAAACUCACCAGGUUGGGACGAUAUUAAUCAAUGAUAGUUCUAUUGUUGCUGUUUGUAUACUUUUAAAAUGAAGGGGAUUUUGUUCAAGCAUCUCUGGUAAUUCCUUCAAAAUGACUUGAAAGUUUAGAAUUCCUUAUUUACUUCCUCAUACGGUUUUUCCACCAUAAUUAAAAAUAAAUCAUCAUCUAUUCUUUAAAUUAAACAAAUAAGUAGUUAUUUAUCCCCUGCACAUUCCCAGCAAGAUACAGCUGAAAAGUUCUUAUUUGUAUUGUGCAGAAGGCUUUGAGUUUUUUUAUUUUGUAUGUAUGUUAUAUGAACUAAUGUGCAGUUUUGAAUGUAUAUUUGCAUAAGUAAGCAACUGUCAAUGAUAUGCUGAAGUGUCCCAGAAAUGUCGGCCUCCAGGCAGUGUAUUGUUUAAUCAGUUGUGUCAGAUUUACAGUUGUAUAUGUUGAUUGUCUUACUACUUCCCUGUUUUUAGGUUUUUUGAUAACUUUCUGAUUUCUUAGAGAAUAUAUUAAUAGUUGUUCGUUCUUUUUUCUUUUAUUUAUGUAUUUGAUUUUGUUUAAUGCCUUAUGGAAAGUUUCCAGUACAGAGAAUUGGUUGUUUUGUUUUACAAAUUUUGUUUAUUUUUGUAUUUAAAGGAGAGAAUAUCCACCAAUCUAGCCUAUUCUCAAACAGAGUAGAGAUUACUUUUUAUCUUUUUGAAAGCCAGCACAUCAGUGAAACCUGUCAAGGUUAUGCAGUACAGCUUUGUGUUAAAAUAUUUUGUGGUACAUCAGGCACAAUCGGAGAGUAAUGUCAUACAGUACUAUGUAUACACAUAUAAACAUUAAGCCCUUAAUAAUUGUAAACAUUUGUUGUUUCAAAGAAAUACAAAAACAGUGCUAUAAAUGUUAUAACUAAUCGAGAUAUUGAAAAACAAAUGUAAAACAUCAUCAGUAUUAUCUUUUAUGUAGCAUGUUGCAAUGUUGUUACGUCACCUAAGUUGAGAUACCAUUUUUGUAAGAAAAUAUGUAAAACCAGGUUUUUCUAUUUUAGUUUUAUCAGGCAUAAGUAAAAGAACUGUAUAUGAUGUUUUUGUUUGUUUUAGCUCGACUUCUUGAAGAAAAAUUAGAGCUAUUGUACUCGCCCCGGUGUCGCCGUUAGUUAAAGUUUUUCAUAAAGUCAAAUAUCUCUGUUAGCUAUUGACUUGAAACUUAAAAUAAUUAUUUACUAUCAAAGUCUACACCAGGAGAAACAAUCCCCAUAACUCUGAUUUGAAUUUUGACAGAAUUAUGCCCCUUUUUAACUUGGGAUUUUUGGUUAAAGUUUUUGAUAAAAUCAAAUAUCUCUGUUACUGUUAAAGCUAUUGACUUGAAACUUUAAAUACUUAUUUACCAUCAAAGUCUACACCAGGAGAAACAAUCCCCAUAACUCUGAUUGAGUUUUGACAGAAUUAUGCCCCUUUUUAACUUAGAAAUUUUUGUUAAAAUUUUUAAUAGUCAAAUAUCUGUUACUAUCAAAGCUUUUGACUUGAAAUUUAAAAUACUUAUUUACCAUCAAAGUCUACACCCGAAGAAACAAUCCCCAUAACUCUGAUUCGAAUUUUGACAGAGUUAUGUCCCUUUUUAACUUAGAAUUUUUUGUUAAAAUUUUUAAUAAAGUCAAAUAUCUCUGUUACUAUUAAAGCUUUUGAGUUGAAACUCAAAAUAGUUAUUGACUAUCAAAGUCUACACCAGGAGACACAAUUCCCACAACUCUGGUUUGAAUUUUGACAGAGUUAUGUCUCUUUUUAACUUGGAUUUUUUUUUACUGGCAAAGCUCUAAUUCAGAGUCAAGCACUGAGAAAAGUCGAGUGCGCUGUCUUACGGACAGCUCUUGUUUUAGUACCAGUUAAAUAUUUGCAGAUUGGAGGAAUGUGUAUUGUAAUUGCUACAUUUAUGUAAUUAGAUAUAACAUAUAAUUGGGCAAUAACAACAACACAAGAGUCUGCUUUAUCGUUAUUUGUACAAUUCUGAAGAUAUUUUUUAUGUUUCAUUAUUUUUUUCUGUAGCAAUAACCUAAUAAAACAUAUAAGCAUC